AUGGACACGCAGCGUGCUGCUAGGCGCUCAGCCCCAACGCCCUUGCUGCUGCUGCUACUGCUGCUGUACGGCUGCUGCUGCUGCUGGUCGCGCCCCGAAUCCACUUACUCAAAUCCCUCACUCUCCUUCUUGCGUCCCUGCCCCGUUUCAGCAGCCGUAGCUCCAGCAGCAGCAGCAGCAGCAGCAACACCAGCAGCAGCAACAACAACAGCAGCAGCUGCCGCAACAACAGGCGCAGCAGCAGCAACAGCAGCAGGAGAGAACGGUCUGCUGCAACGGGGUUGUCUUGCAGCAAAAAGAAAGCCAUCAACAGCAGCAAGAGCGCUGCCCUCCUAUGCUCCUCUGGUAGCUCAGCUGCAGCAGCAUCUGCAGCAAGAAGGCGCAGGAGCAGCAGCAGCAGCAAGUAGUACAGCUGAGGUGCUGCGCCUUGAGGAUGUGUCUGUACACUCCGGUGCUGCUGUGCUGCUGCAGCAGGUGUCUCUGCAGCUGCAGCAGAACGAGAAGAUUGCUCUUAUAGGCAGCAACGGGGCAGGGAAGACAACCUUGCUGCAUGCAGUUGUUGCUGCAGCACGGCAGCAGCUGGUGAAACAACAACAGCAGCAGCAACAACAGCAGCAACAGCAACAGCAGCAACAGCAGCAACAGCAACAGCAUGGGGAGGAAUCGCAGCAGCACGGGCAACGGAGGCGCCUUAGCAAGGCAGAACGUAGGCAGCUACGGCGUCUCUCCCCUCAGCAGCAGCAGCAGCUGAAGCAGCAGCAAAAGCAGCAACAGCAGGAGGAGGUGGAGCAGCAGCACGAACAGCAGCAGCAGCAGCAGCAGCAGCAGCAGGAGUUGACCUCUUUCUCUAUGAGGACAGGGGACGUCUCUGGUCGUUUUAUCUUUCGCUGCUGCCCCUCUCGUGUUGCGCUGCUGCAGCAGGAAGGCCUUGAGGGUUUAUCUGCUGCUGCUGCUGCUAAGACUGUAAGAGAAGAAAUCUUUACCCAUGUGCAGCAGCGGCAGCAGCAGCUGCAGCAGCAGAUCGAGCAGCAGCAAGAGCUGUUAAACAAGCUCCUACAAGGGCAGCAUGACAGCAGCAGCAGCAGCAACAGCAGCAACAGCAACAGCAGCAGGGAUGCGCACGAGUCUGCGGUGAUGGCUGCAGCAUCGCAGCUGUCUUUGCUGCAGCAGCAACAGCAGCAGCAAGAAGAGGAGGAGAGGUGGGUAGAGACUGUGCUGCAUCAUGUAGGGCUGCAGCAGCAGCAGCAGCAGCAGCUAUUCUCUCUUAGCGGGGGCCAGCGCAUGCAGCUGCUGCUAGCAAAGGCCUUAUGCGAGAGGCCGCAGCUGCUGCUGCUAGAUGAGCCUACUAACCAUCUAGAUGCUGCUGCUGCUGCUGCACUGCAGCAGCUGCUGCAGCAGCUACCUCUACCUAUGAUUAUUGCUUCUCAUGACAGCAACCUGCUGCAGCAAGUCUGCAGCAGCGUGCUGCUGCUGCAGCAAGGCAGCUCGUCUCCUAAGUAUGUAGGGAAGCUAGCAGCAUUUAAGCAGCAGCAGCAGCAGCAGCAGCAGCAGUGGUUAGCUUCUGUACGUCGGCAGCAGCAGCAAUUGCAGCAACUGCAGCAGAAGCUGCAGAGACAGAGGGGGCCCCCAACUGCAGCAGACGAGACGCUGCUGCAGCAGCUCAAGCAGCAGCAGCCAGCCCCACACCCUGCUGCUAGGGCCCCUGUCUUCUUGCUGCCGCAUGCACAGCAGAGAGCAGCAGAAGUUCUUGCUCUUAGAGGAUGCACUAUCUGCAUCAGACCUCUGCGGCAGCAGCAACAACAACAACAGCAGCAGCAGGAACAGCAACAGCAGCAGCAGCAGCAGCAGCAGCAGCAGCAGCAGCAGCAGCAGGAAGUGCUGAGGGAUGUAACUCUUAUUGUACGUAGGGGGGCAAAGAUAGCAAUAGUAGGGCCUAAUGGUAGUGGUAAGACAACCCUAUUAAAGGCACUAGCAGGAGAGCAGCAGCAGCAGCAGCAGCAGCAGCAGCAACAGCAACAGCAGCAGCAGCAGCAGCAGCAGCAGCAGCAGGAAGUGGUGAUAGUAAGCGGAGAGCGUAUAUGCGCACCAUCUGUUGAUUCUUCGCUGCUGCUGCUGCAGCAGCAUCAUGCAGAUGUGCUGCCUCUGCAGCUAACACCAAUAGAAGCACUCCGUGCUGCUGCUGUUGCUGCUGCUGCUCGUGGUCAACAAUCAGCAGCAGCAGCAGCAGCAGCAUGGGAAGAAGAUACAGCAGCAAUGGAGGCACAAGCAAGAGCUGUAUUAGGUAGAGUAGGUCUUAGGGGGCCCCUGUUGGGGGCCCCCCUGCAACAACUUAGUGGGGGACAAAAGGCAUGCUAUAGUAUUAGCAGCAGCUUGCUGCAGCUAGGAGACACGGGAGUUUUGCUGCUAGACGAGCCUACUAAUCAUUUAGAUGCUGCUGCUGCUGCUGCACUUGCUGCUGCUGUUAAGUCCUAUAAGGGGACAGUUCUUGUUGCUACUCAUGAUGCACAGUUUGCUGCUGCUGCUGCUGAUGAGGUUAUACAGAUAGAUCCCUGCAGCAAGACACUUAAAGUUCUUGCUGCAGCAGAUGUCCCUGCUGCUGCUGCAGCAGCAGCUGCUGCUGCUGCUUUUUCUGAUGCUCCUGAUUAUGCAGAAGGAGCAGCUGCUGCUGCUGCUGCUCCUGCUGCUGCAGUUGACCGCUGGAGGACCCAUUGGACCACCUCUUUUGCUGCUGCAUACACUAAAGAGCAAUCGAAGAGCAGCAGCAAGAGCAGCAACAGCAGCAGCAAGAGCAGCAGCAGCAGCAGCAGCAGCGACGAGAGCCGCAAGAGACGCGGUUCUAUUAUUGCUGCUGCUGCUGCACAGACUGCAGCAGCAGCAGCAGCAGCAGCAGCAGCAGCAGCAAAUGCUGCAGUACCGAAGUAA